UCUUCUUGGUCACCUCACCUGUGAAAGAAUUUUCUCAUUUCGUCUCCCCCACUUCACCCGACCCUACCCCACCAAGGAUUUCUAACUUCCCCAAAUUAUCACCCCUGACCGCACUCUCCUCUAUCGUCCCUCCGAUCGGCCCAUCCACGACCACCGCAGUGCCCUCCACCGACGGAUUACAGGCAAGACGCAGUAGAGCUCCCCCCGAGGCGGUGAGUUCACGCGAGGUCGCGCUUUCCCUGAUCUUGGUUUAUUAUUGCCUGAUUUCCCCCAUCGAACGGUGACACCAUCGGCGACGGGCUGUUCCUGGAUAAUCCUCGAAUAUCUGCCGGCGAUGGAUUAUAUUCACUCUCUUUUAUAGCUAGGAGCAUCAAAGGAAAUUGAUGUCUCAAUCUAUUAUUGCUAUGUCUUAAUUUCCACCCCGAUUUGUUUUAUGAGCCCGCCUGCCCGUUCGCCACAUGAAAUUAUUAAUCCUACUUUUGGAAAAAAGUUUAAAGACCAGUGAAUUGUAAAAGCAUGGACUCAUAUGAUGGUUUUCUACGGGACACAUCUGUUGUUGUUGUUACAUUGGACUCGAGUGAAGUAUAUAUUGUUGUUAGUUUGUCUACUAGGACAGACACUCAGGUUAUAUAUAUUGAUCCAACAACUGGAGCUCUUCGCUAUACUGCAAAACAGGGCUAUGAUGUUUUCAAAUCCCAAAAUGAAGCACUUGAUUACAUCACCAAUGGCUCAAAAUGGCUUUGCAAAACUGUAACCCAAGCACGGGCGAUAUUAGGCUAUGCAGCCCUUGGCAGCUUUGCGUUACUGCUGGUUGCAACGAAGUUGUCUGCAAGCAUACCAAAUUUACCUGGUGGAGGAUGUGUUUAUACUGUAACCGAAAGCCAGUGGAUAAAAGUUUCUCUUCAAAACCCUCAGCCACAGAGUAAAACUGAAAAUAAAAAUAUUCAAGAAUUGACUGAGCUUGAUAUAGAUGGGAAACAUUAUUUCUGUGAAACUAGAGAUAUUACUCGCCCUUUUCCAAGCCGUCUGCCUGUGCAGAAUCCUGACGAAGAAUUUGUUUGGAAUAAAUGGUUCUCAAUGCCUUUCAAAGAGAUUGGGCUUUCACUGCAUUGUGUCAUUCUUUUGCAGGGUUUUGCAGAGCAGAGGACUUUUGGCAGUCUUGGGCAGCAGGAAGGUUUCGUUGCACUCACUGCUCGCCGUAGUAGGCUGCAUCCUGGGACUAGGUACCUAGCGAGAGGUUUAAACUCGUGUUAUGGCACAGGCAAUGAAGUAGAAUGCGAACAACUUGUUUGGGUUCCAAAAAAGGCAGGACAAAGUAUUCCUUUCAACACUUAUAUUUGGCGUAGAGGCACCAUUCCUAUGUGGUGGGGUGCUGAAUUAAAACUUACAGCUGCAGAAGCAGAAAUAUAUGUCUCUGAUCGUGACCCUUAUAAAGGAAGUGCCCAAUACUAUCAGAGGUUGUCUAAACGAUAUGAUGCACGAAAUCUGGAUGUAGCUAGUGGAGGGCAUCCAAAAAGAAGUGCUUUGAUUCCAAUUGUAUGUGUGAACUUACUGAGAAAUGGAGAGGGGAAAUCAGAAUCGAUUCUAGUUCAGCAUUUUGAAGAAUCUUUGAACUAUAUUCGUUCCACUGGAAGCCUUCCAUACACACGAAUUCAUUUAAUAAAUUAUGAUUGGCAUGCUAGUGUAAAGCUGAAAGGAGAACAACAGACAAUUGAAGGACUAUGGUAUCUUCUAAAGGCUCCUACAAUUUCUAUAAGCAUUUCUGAGGGUGAUUAUUUACCUUCACGACAAAAAAUUAACAAUUGCAAAGGCGAAGUUAUAUAUAGUGAGGACUAUGAUGGCGCCUUCUGCUUAAGAUCACAUCAAAAUGGAGUUAUACGUUUCAACUGCGCCGAUUCAUUGGAUAGAACAAAUGCUGCUAGUUUUUUUGGUGCACUUCAGGUUUUUGCUGAGCAAUGCAGACGAUUAGGCAUAUCACUUGACAGUGAUUUAGCACAUGGUUAUAACUCUCCUGGUAACUACUCUGGAUAUGUUGCCCCACUGCCUCCUGGUUGGGAAAAAAGGUCUGAUGCAGUGACUGGGAAAACAUAUUAUAUUGAUCAUAACACGAGGACAACUACUUGGAAUCAUCCUUGUCCAGACAAACCUUGGAAAAGGUUUGACAUGACUUUUGAGGAGUUCAAGAGAUCUACAAUCCUGUCACCUGUGAACCAAUUGGCUGAUAUUUUUUUAAUUGCUGGUGACAUUCAUGCAACUUUAUACACGGGGUCCAAAGCCAUGCACAGUCAAAUUCUUAGCAUUUUUAGUGAGGAUGCAGGCAAGUUUAAGCAGUUCUCUGCAGCACAGAAUGUGAAAAUCACAUUACAGAGAAGAUAUAAGAAUGCAGUUGUAGAUAGCUCGAGGCAGAAGCAAUUAGAAAUUUUUCUGGGACUAAGGCUCUUCAAGCAUUUUCCUUCAGUCAUGUUCCAUCCCUUGAAUGUACCUUCACGUCCCUUUGGAUGCUUUUUGAAGCCGGUUCCGAGCAUGUUUUCAUCUUCUGAUGGUGGAGCAAGUCUCUUGAGUUUCAAAAGAAAAGACCUUAUAUGGGUUUCUGCACAAGCUGCAGAUGUAGUUGAACUCUUUAUCUAUCUUGGCGAGCCGUGCCAUGUCUGCCAGCUUCUUCUUACUGUGGCACAUGGUGCUGAUGAUGCUACUUUUCCUGCAUCAGUUGAUGUUAGAACUGGGCGAUAUCUGGAUGGACUUAAACUUGUUCUUGAGGGAGCUUCCUUACCUCAAUGUGCAAAUGGGACAAACAUUCUGAUUCCAUUGACAGGACCCAUCAGCCAAGAAGAUAUGGCUGUUACUGGAGCAGGUACGCGUUUGCAUGCCCAAGAGAACUCUAGCCCUUCAAGUUUAUAUGAUUUUGAAGAACUGGAAGGAGAAGUGGAUUUUCUUACUAGGGUUGUUGCCAUAACAUUUUAUCCUGCCGUGGCUGGACAGGGUCCAAUGACAAUUGGUGAGGUAGAGAUCCUUGGAGUUUCUCUUCCGUGGAGGUCAAUACUUUCCCAUGAAAAAAGUGGUGCUAGGUUCAUUCCACACGCAAAUGGUCAUCCAAAGGAAAGCAAACCUGUUGUUUCUGAAACAGAUGCUAAUCCUUUCGCUGCUUCUAUAACAAAUAAUGAGCCUAAUCCAUUUCAACCAGAAUCAUCGCCCAGCCCCCUGAUAGACCUUUUAACUGGAGAAUUACUUCCAGAUCCCAUUUCUCAACCAGUUGCAGACACUGUGGUUCACAAAGAGAGUGACUUGCUUGACUUUUUGGAUGGUGGCACCACUCAGCUAGUUUCUGAUGGAACUGACCACUUGAAGGAUGGUGCAUCACAAAGACCUUCUGAUAUUGGUUCGCAACAGUACCUUAGAUCUUUUAAACUCCUUGCUGGUCCCCACUGGGAGGACAGAAGAUUAGAUUUCAAUGAAGCUAUUAAACUUGAGAUAGAACGCCUUCGGCUGAACCUUUCUGCUGCUGAAAGAGAUAGAGCACUUUUAUCCAUAGGCAUUGAUCCUGCCAGUAUAAACCCCAAUAUGCUACUUGAGGAUUCGUACAUGGGGAUAUUGCACAGGGUUGCUGGUGCCCUUGCUGUACUUGGGCAAGCUUCUGUAGAAGACAAAAUUACAGCUUCAAUUGGGCUUGGAAUAGUUGAGGAGAACUCUGUUGAUUUCUGGAACAUUAACUCCAUUGAGGCUAGGUGUUCUCUAGGUUCAUGUCAAGUUCGGCAUGAAACUGGGCAAGGUGUGGGGUUAUCCCCGGCAUCCUCUCCUUCUGUGGCCUCAGAAUCCAUCUUUGUCUGUUCAGAAUGUGGUAAAAGAGUUUGUAAAGUGUGUUCUGCAGGAAAAGGAGCUCUUCUCCUUAGAGCUUUUAACUCAAAGGAUGUGUCAGGCUACAAUGGUCUAACUCAGGGUGGAGCAAUUCCUGGAUUUUCAAUUGAUACAUCUUCUAAUCGCUCAGUGUCACUUGAUGGGGUUAUCUGUAGAAGAUGUUGCAACGAAGUUGUCCUUGAUUCAUUGAUUUUGGACUAUGUUAGGGUUUUGAUCAGCGAGCGAAGAAAAACUCGUGUAGAUGCUGCUGCAGAGAAAGCGCUGAAUCACUUGUUUGGGUUGUCUUCAAUAAAUUCUAUUCUUGAGAAGGAUCAACCUUUAAAUAGUCAAGGAACUGAUGGGGUAUUACAGAAGCUGACAGAUGGAGAAGAAUCACUUGCAGAGUUCCCAUUUGCCAGCUUUCUACACCCGGUUGAGACUGCAGCAGGUUCUGCACCCUUACUAUCAUUGGUAUCUCCCCUAAAUUCUGGGGAAAAGGAAUCAUUUUGGAGAGCUCCCUCCACUGUGUCAUCAGUGGAAUUUGUUAUGGUCCUUAGUGAUACUUCUGAUGUCUCAGGUGUUGUCCUGCUGGUUAGUCCAUGUGGGUAUUCAGCCUCUGAUGCACCUACUGUGCAAAUAUGGGUUAGCAAUAAAAUAGACAAGGACGAAAAGGUAUGUACAGGGAAGUGGGAUAUGAUGUCUCUGAUUGCAUCGUCUCCUGAGCUCUGUGGCCCUGAAAAGUCAUUUAAAAACAAUAAGCUACCCAGGCAUGUGAAAUUGUCAUUCAGGAAUACUAUCCGUUGUCGCAUCAUCUGGAUCACCCUCCGUCUUCCAAGAGUUGGAUCUAAUUCUGUCAACUUCGAAAAAGAAUUUCACAAUUUGUCAAUGGAUGAAAAUCCUUUCUCACAAUACAGCAGACGCUCUUCUUUUGGUGGGGAAUUUGACAGCGAUCCAUGUCUUCAUGCCAAAAGAAUUUUAGUGGUAGGAAGAAGUGUGAGAAGAGACACAGGGCUAGCUCCGCAAGUUUCUGACCAAAUAAAUGUCAGAAACUGGUUGGAGAGACCUCCACAGCUGAACAGAUUCAAGGUUCCUAUUGAGGUUGAAAGGCCAAUCGACAACGACCUUAGUUUGGAACAGUUUCUAUCCCCAGCUUCACCUAUGGUAGCUGGAUUUCGUCUGGAUGGUUUCAGUGCAGUGAAGCAGCGCGUUAACCAUUCACCGUUCACGGCUGAAGAUAUAUGGGGCACGAACCUUCUUCUUGAAGAGAGGUUCAUAUCUCCGGCAGUGUUGUAUAUCCAAGUGUCUGUCCUUCAGGAGUCCCACAAAAUGGUGACAGUUGCUGAGUAUCGGCUACCAGAAGUGAAGCCCGGGACAGCCAUGUAUUUUGACUUUCCUCGACAGAUAAGCAGCAGCCGCAUCAGCUUCAGACUUCUUGGAGACAUAGCUGCAUUCUCAGACGAUCCGGCAGAACAAGAUAGCUCGGAGAAUAGAGGAGCUCAUCUGUGGCCUGCAGGUUUAUCUUUAGUUAACAGAAUUAAGCUGUACUAUUAUGCUGAUCCCUACGAACUCGGAAAAUGGGCGAGCCUAUCGGCUGUCUGAUUCAAGGAAAAGAUUUGAUUUUGAACAUUGUCUGUCUGUAAUGGCGGUAAUAUUAAGUAAGGUAUGCUUCCUGAUUUCCUUCUUUAUUUUUUUUUUUUUUCAUUUUAUUUGUGGAUUUUUAACAUUUCACCACAUUUGUUGGGGAUCAUUUCAUAAGCUCUUUAAUAGGUUACCUAUCCCUAUCAUACAUAUUUGUUUGUUGAUUCUUCUUGUAGUUUCACGUGUUGUUGGACAAUGAUUUUUUGUAGUUAUUACAAAGCUUUGGACUUGAGU